GUGAAGGACGCACUUACUGUCUAUAGUGGCGUGCACAUGGCAUCACUGUGAGCAUGUGUUGCAUGUUUCAAAUACGUUGACAUUUGUGGAGUAUUUUUUAUGGAAUAUAAACAGGGAUGGAGGCAGAGGCUGCGUGCAAAUGCUGGAGUAAUUUUCUGCAUGCAUCCUGAAUAUUAGCACGGGGAGGAGGAUUUAAGACAGCCAUGCCGGUGCUGGAGGUGUUCUGCAGCCUGAUUGGCUGGUUCUGUCUCUACCUGUUGUUCUGCUACACCUUCGCUCAGCGGGGGGCCGAGUGGAACUGCAGACUCGUCACUUUUUCCCACGGUGUCGUCAUCGUGCUGCUGACGGCGUACGUCCUCUUCAUAGACGGACCACUGCCUUUCACACAUGCAGGUGCAGAAAACAGCGAGCUGCAGACGUUCUCUCUGGCCGUCUGCCUCGGCUACUUCUUCUUCGACAUGUGCUGGUGCGUCUUCUACCACACCGAGGGCCCCCUCAUGCUGGCUCACCACGCCGGCAGCAUCGUGGGGAUCCUGCUGUCGCUGAUCAUGGGCGUUUCCGGUGUCGAAACCUGCGGCGUGAUCUUAGGCAGCGAGAUCACGAACCCCCUGCUGCAGACGCGCUGGUUCCUCCGGCAGCUGGGCCUCUACGACAGCCUGCUGGGCGACACCGUGGAUGUACUUUUCAUCGUGCUGUUCGCCACCGUACGCAUAGGAGUGGGCACGGUGAUGUUUUACUGCGAGCUGACGUCUCCGAGGACAACACUGAUAAUGAAGCUCGGCGGCGUGGCCAUGUAUGCGCUAGCCUGGGUGUUCAUGGUGGACAUCGCCCGGUUUUGCUGCAAGAAAAGCAGAGCAAAGUAUAAAAAGUGGCAGGAGAACCACAAGCUAAGAGAGGCACAAAGACUGAACGGACUUUCAGGAAAAUAUAUAUACGAAUAUAAAAGGAUGCAAGGGAACCACAAGCUGAAAGACGUCAAUGCACAAAACGUUCAGUUCCACGAGAGCGACGUUUGUGAUACAAGGUGGUGAGAAAACCAAAAGCUCACCGAAGUAAACACAUGAAACCUGAAUGGAUGUUUGGAAAAGAGAGACUAAAUCGCUCUUCGUUUACGACCAUAUUAUGUUCUGUCAAUUUGGCGCUAUGUAAUGCAAUUAGUGGUAAUUACAGGUGUGAUUUUGGGAUAUUGCUUCCCAAAGAAACAACACUCCUGAUUCUUCUCAGUAAGUAUGUUUGCUGCGGUAGUCCAGUGCGUUCCUUUUUUAUACCGUGACAUUGCUUGCCGUUGCCAUUUUUCAUAUUUUUUAUAGAAAUGUAGUUACAUUUUUUGGUGAACAUCGCCCAGUUUGGCUACAAGAAAUUAAUAGAGUGAAGUGUAAAAAGUGGCGGGAGAACCACAAGCUCAAAGAACGCCAAAACCAAAUGGACUUUCAGAAGAAAGUGAAUGAAUUCUCGUUUAGUUGGGAUCUUUGUUUUGUGAAUUUGGCGCCACCUAUGGCUAUUAGCGGUAUUACAGGUGUGAUUUUGGAUUUCAAGAGAGCGAUGUUUUGAUAAAACGUGGCGAGAGAACCAAAUCCUCAAAGAAGCCAAAGCAAAAAUACUUAGUGGACCUCUUGGAAAGCGUGGCUAACUCCAUCUGUCAUUACGAUCUUUGUUUAGUCAAUUUAGCGCCACCUAUGGUUGUUAGCGGUAAUCACAUGUGUAGUUUUGGAUAUCACUUCCCAGAGAGCGACGUGUGCGAUUGUUCUCAGUAUGUAGGUCUGGCUAGAGAAAAAGAAAUCAACACACAAAAACUGGAUACGCUUUUUAAG